AUUCAAUCAUCCCCUUCUUUCCCUCCCCAAGCCAACCCUAAAACAUCCAAUCGACUGUAAAUCCCUAAAUACCCAUAAAUCCGAUCUAUCUUACCUAUCAAUGAAAAAAAAUAAAAAUCUUAUUCUCUUCCUAAAGUUUUGAUUGAUUUUUCGUAAUUUUACGACGACCCACAGACACAUUCUUAAUCUCUGCUAAUCCCCGACCUUAUAUUACAGCAAAAGGCCCGACCUUUACCUAUCUACCCGGCUACGCAAGAAGAUUAUGUCCAUGGUUUUACACCAACUUGGCACAGAGAGCCCAGAUGGCCAGUUCUCAGCCCCUCCCGCCGGAGCGUCCAGGGCCUACCCUCCUGCAACGGCAGAUUAUAAGGAUGUCGUCCAGAGCCCCGAGGUUUUCGAGGAGAAGCUUAGCGCUUUCCACUCCGCAUACGGCUCCAAGUUCAAGGUUCCUACUGUAGGAGGCAAGGCUCUUGACCUCCACCGGCUUUUUGUGGAAGUCACAUCUCGUGGUGGUAUAGAAAAGGUUACUAGAGAUCGGAGAUGGAAGGAAGUGAUCUUUGGAUUUAGCUUCCCCUCGACAAUUACCAGCGCUUCAUUUGUCCUAAGGAAGUAUUACAUGUCAAUGCUCUAUCACUUUGAGCAGGUCUAUUUUUUCCGCAAGGGGGUUCCUCCAAUUUCAAUGCCCGAUUGUGGAAUCGAGAGUUUGGUCAAUGGAUCUGCCUCGCAAGAUGAGGGUGCUUAUACAAACAAUUCAUCGGGUCAUGAAGAGUCAAACCUGCAUCCUGGUUCUUCAGUAACGGGCUUUAUCGACGGGAAGUUCGACAAUGGUUACCUUGUUACCGUCAAACUCGGGGCCCAAGAACUAAAGGGCGUUCUUUACCAUAUUCCUCCAAUCUUACACAUGUCUCAAAGUGCUGCGACUCAUUCUGCAUUGGUCCCCUCUCGGCGUAAUAGGAAGAGAUCACGCUUGGCUCUGAGAGACCCAGCUCGGCCCAAAUCCAACAAGAGUGGCUACAAUUUCUUCUUUUCUGAGAACUAUGCAAGGUUGAGACCUCAGUAUUAUGGUCAAGAGAGGGCCAUCACUAAGAAGAUCGGAUACUUGUGGAGCAAUCUCACUGAGGCUGAGAAACAGGUUUAUCAGGAGAAGGGCUUGCGGGAUAAGGAGAGGUACAAGUCCGAGAUGUUGGAGUACCAGUCUUCUAAGAUCUAACUCAAACCGAAACAUCCCUGCUUAGAAUUAGGUUCUUCUUACUUGGGUAGGAAACAACUAAUUUUAGGAAACAGAUUUAGGACCUUUCUUUUGCUUCUUCUGUCCCUCCGAUUACGAGACAGUUGGAGCCGAACUGGACAACGAAGUGAGAGUUGGGGAGAUGUAUAUUGUUUUUGCCUCAGUGCUAUCAAGCACAUGAAUGAAUCAGGGAUCUCCCUCCUCUCCAUCUCCUUGUGUUUCCUUAUUAUCGUAUAUGUUUGUUCCAGGAAAUGUUCCGAUUAGAUUCUCGGCAAUGUAUUAUUCUUCGGUGAAAAAGGAAAGAUAUCGAUUCAUAUA